UCGUCAGUCUCUCCUCGACUGUCGUUUCGUAAGGUGUACCGUGCGUGAUAAGAAAUAUUUCAGUUCUUUGGGAUUGUAAAUACAAUUAUUAUAUCCCAUUUACCGCUAUCACAACGAGAAACAUCAUCCCGUUUCAAUUUCAUCCCAUAUUAGCGAAGAAUGAGUGUGAUUUGGAUCUUCUUGUGAUUACAUCUGUGUGACGUGUCUUCUAAUAUAGCUUGUGUGUUGUACCGAAAAAAGAAUAUAUGUGUAAUCGACAGGGUUUGACUUCAGGAAGAUGAAUGGGACACUGGCUGCAUAAAGUCAAGCCGUGGAAACUAUAGUGAUAAUAUUUUUGCUCUGUGCGAUUGAGUGACUGCAGAAUAUAUACAAAAUAAAAAGAAGAUAACAGUGCAGUGCUGUUGAAUGUCUAAGAAACCCAAACCCAACGUGCCUUGAUUGUUCUCUUAUCUCGUAUUCUGUUAGAUGAUAUAUCAGUAAAACGGCGUUUACUAAUACCUGUGGUCACAAUUGGAUUUCGGGCUGUUUGCUGACCGACAGAUGUGUUAAUAGUGCGCAAAGGUGUAACCAAUCAGUGCAGAACUAUAUACUAGCAGAUCGUACCCAAACAAAACUGCGAUUCCGCCAUGCCGAAAUACUACAAGGUCGAGAUCAACAAAACAGAAUGGGAAGUUCCGGAGAAGUACCAAAUGCUCACGCCAGUCGGCAGUGGAGCAUAUGGACAAGUGUGUUCAGCGACAGACACUCAACACAACGUGAAAGUUGCCAUUAAAAAGUUGGCACGCCCCUUUCAGUCUGCGGUCCACGCGAAGCGAACCUAUCGUGAGUUACGUAUGCUGAAGCAUAUGAACCACGAGAACAUAAUCGGUCUGCUCGAUGUGUUCCACCCCGGAGGUAACACGAUGGACUCCUUCCAGCAGGUCUACAUGGUUACUCACCUGAUGGGAGCGGAUCUAAACAACAUUAUUCGAACGCAACGACUCUCAGACGACCAUGUACAGUUUCUAGUCUAUCAAAUAUUGCGUGGCCUUAAAUACAUUCACAGCGCUGGAAUUAUACACAGGGAUUUGAAACCGUCCAACAUUGCAGUGAACGAGGACUGUGAGCUCAAAAUAUUGGAUUUCGGUUUGGCACGGCCAACGGAGAACGAGAUGACAGGUUACGUUGCGACGCGAUGGUAUCGGGCACCGGAAAUUAUGCUCAACUGGAUGCACUACAAUCAAACGGUGGAUAUCUGGUCGGUCGGAUGCAUUAUGGCCGAACUGCUAACCGGUCGGACACUUUUCCCCGGAACAGACCACAUCCAUCAACUUAACCUUAUAAUGGAGAUAUUGGGGACACCGAAUGAAGAAUUUAUGGCGAAAAUCUCCUCGGAAAGUGCUAGGCACUACAUCCGAUCGUUGCCGAAGACGGAGAAACGCAACUUCAGCGAGGUAUUCCGCGGGGCUAAUCCGUUGGCGGUGGAUUUACUGGAGAAGAUGCUGGAAUUGGACGCUGACAGCCGGAUCACCGCCGAGCAGGCUCUAGCACACCCAUAUUUGGAAAAAUAUGCCGAUCCUACUGACGAACCUACAUCUUCGUUGUAUGAUCAAAGCUUUGAGGAUAUGGAUCUUCCAGUGGAAAAAUGGAAGGAGCUUGUUUUUCAAGAAGUUCUCAACUUUGUCCCUCAACAACAUGCACACAUCGGUGGAGAGGCACAAUAGGCGCUUGGGAAGCUGAAAUAAACAUACAAACGAGACAUAGCCAUUUUCAAAAUAGCUUUUUUUCUGUUAGGAGUAUUCUUGUACAGUGGAAGGCGCAAAUCAGUCUUUAAAAGUAACGAACUAAGUAAUCGAACCAACUGUAAUCUUUCAAUCGUAGUAUUCACCAUUUACGUUAAAGCUAUAAAGACUCGACGUCAUUAUUGAAAACAAAACAAAAAUGUGAUGUGUCUUGAGGGCAAUGAGCUCAAUGUCCAACAGGCAGGGAAUUAUUUAAAAAACGCAUCAGAAGAUAUUGUGUAGCUUUGAAAAAAUAACAAAAAAAUGUUUGGUUGUUAAGUUUAUACUAAAAUUGUGAAUAAAAAGUAUUCUAAAGGCUCA